GAAAAGUUUCUCCAGAGGAAAAAUGCAGGGCUUGUCCUUCACCCUGACGUCAGAUCUGUCUUUAAUAAAAUCCCCAAAGAGCCAAGAGAAAAAGGCAGAGUGCCUAGGCUAGGUUGCCAGUUGAGGAUUGCUCUGCGUUCCCCAAAGUGGUGUUUUUGUUCAAAACGGCUCUAAAUCUGGGUUCAAUCAAUGUAUUUAAUCCCGGCUUCCAGGGAUGAGGUGGCUUUUGCCCUGGAUUCUAGCAACAAGCAGCAUUUUGCAGGCCAUUGCCCAGACCUCCACCACCAUGACCCCCACCGUCCCUGCCGCGACAGAAGCCUACACACGGACUCAGUACUGUAAGUGGCCAUGCGAGUGUCCGAAAUCCCCACCUCGGUGCUCGGUAGGCGUCAGCCUGGUCACAGACGGCUGCGACUGCUGCAAGACAUGUGCCAAGCAGCGUGGAGAAAGUUGCACUGAGGCCGACACCUGUGAUUUCCACAGGGGCUUGUACUGUGACUACAGUGGAGACAGACCUAGGUACGAAAUAGGAGUAUGUGCACAGAUUGUCGGUGUAGGAUGUGUCCUCAAUGGAGUCAGGUAUAACAAUGGGGACACAUUUCAGCCCAACUGCAAAUACAACUGCACGUGCAUUAACGGGGCUGUGGGCUGUAUUCCCAUGUGCACAAACUCACGUCCUCCCCUUGUCUGGUGCCCAAACCCGAAGCUGAUUAAGAUGGCAGGGAAGUGCUGUGAGCAGUGGAUUUGUGAUGACUCCAAGAAAAUCAGGAAGACGUCUCCACGCCACAUCUCUUCUGCAGCAUACGAAGGAGAGGAUGAACCCUGGCAGAAGAACUGCGUCGUUCACACCUCACCCUGGAGUCCUUGCUCAAAGACCUGCGGGCUGGGCAUCUCCACCAGGAUUUCCAACGACAACGACCAGUGCCGGCUCCUGAAGGAAAGCCGCCUGUGCAACAUGCGGCCCUGCGAGGUGGAUAUAACCAAGCACAUUAAGCCUGGGAAGAAGUGCUUGGCUGUCUACAGGGCCAACGAACCAAUGAACUACACCAUCUCAGGAUGUGUGAGCAAAAGUCCAUAUAGACCCAAAUACUGUGGCGUCUGCACAGACAACAGGUGCUGCACACCCUACAAGUCCAAGACUAUUGAAGUGAGGUUUCAGUGCCCAGAUGGAACUGAGUUUUCCUGGAAAAUCAUGUGGAUCAAUGCUUGCUUUUGCAACCUGAACUGCAAGAACCCCAAUGACAUCUUUGCCGACUUGGCUCAUUACCACGAUUACUCUGAAAUCGCUAAUUAAAUUGGCUGAAUGCUAGAAUUGACCCAUUGCUCUGAUUUUACAGAGGUUUUAAAAUAAAAGGAGAAUCUUCAUCCAC